AUGCCGUCAGCGACUAGAUCCAAGUCUCUCCAUGCCUCAUCUUUGGCCAGCAACAUCAGAUCGAGCUUGCAUGUUGCCUCACCAGUCGAUGACUCCUCCGGCCUUAGCUUCUCUCCUACUCUCGUUGAAAUCGCCAGCCUCGAGGACGGCGUUUCCUCCUUAUCAGUAUCGACCCCAAGCUUUCCCUAUCGCCACCACUCGCCGAAGAGGGGCGCCGCCGGCGCUAGUCAAAGCCCCAAUUUUGGGAGAACGACGAGGCAGUUCUCGAGGGGGAAAACUGGCGCCACGGUGCUGGUCAAAGGCUCAAAGCAGUGGGGGAGGGGGAAAAGGCCAGAGAGCGGGCGGAGGAAGAAGAAGAAGAGGCGAAAGCCAUUUUAUUAUAUUGGGCUAUAA